GGAGCUGUGUGACCUUCUUCAAGCGCUUAUUCACAAAUUCACUUUGCCGGUUGUGGACGGGUGUUGUAAGGUGCAUCUACAUUGCGGCGUCCUUUCUUUAAUUUUCUAGUGAAUUGUAUUAGGACAAACAAUGGGUGACGUGGAUAAAGGAAAGAAAGUCUUCGUCCAGAAGUGUGCCCAGUGCCAUACUGUUGAGAAAAAUGGAAAGCACAAGGUUGGUCCAAACCUGCAUGGCCUGUUUGGGAGGAAGACGGGCCAGGCCGAGGGCUUCUCUUACACCGAUGCAAACAAAACUAAAGGAAUUGUCUGGGGUGAAGAUACUCUCAUGGAAUACCUGGAGAAUCCCAAAAAAUAUAUUCCAGGAACAAAAAUGAUUUUUGCUGGCAUCAAGAAGAAGACCGAACGCGCCGAUUUAAUUGCAUAUUUGAAAAAGGCAACAUCUGAAUAGAAUAUCGUCACGUGUAGUUUGGCGUCUAUGCUGCUUUAAUGUGGUAUCUGUUUCUUAGUCUUGUGGUGAAUUGGAUUUUUAAAUUAUACUGGCCUUGUCUGUCCUGGUUCUAAAUGCAAUAUUUUUGGCAUGUUCAUGUGCCAUGUAUGCAGUCAGAGCCUUAAAUAAAUAAUGAUUUUUAUCUGCUAACUCCUGGUUCUCUUCAUGUUUUUAAUUAAUAACAGUGGCUCCCUUCUGGCUCUUUCAGAAAUGUGACAGUAUGCCACAAAGGGCUUUCAUGUUUGUCACUCAUAUUUUGAAGUUUUACAGGUGAAAUGUUAAACUCCAGACCGGGCGUCAUUGUUCCAAAUUACUAAAACCACUGGAUACCUUUUAUGUCUUUUUUUACAUUUGGUGCUCUAGGUGUAUGUGGUAUGCCUUUGGUUUAUGUAAUCUGGAUUUUUAUUUGCUUUGAUUUAUUUAACGUGUAAUUAAUUCAGCAGAACUUACUGUGUUCUUCAGCAGUGACUUGCACGUCUGCAGUUGCAACUUCAUAUUCUGCUAUAAAAGACACACGUCUGCAUUGACUGGGUCUAUAGAAAUUAUGAAACUGGAAAGGUAUGCCAUUUUUUUUUGUUUUCAUGUAUACUGAAACGUAGGGUUAUAUGAACGCAUUUUAAUAUACAUUGUAAUUUAUUAAAAUUGAAUUUGUUUAUUUAGGGAACUAACUGAUUUAACUUGUUCUUUGCACUGGUGACCUGAUUAGGGAUAUGUGAAAAUACUCUCCUUUUGUUUCUGAAGGGCUUACGGUAUGUUGUAGUGCACAGCGCUGAAGAGAACUCAAAUGUGCAAUGGUGUAGAUUUAAAAGUAAAAUCACAAAGUGUGUGAUCUCCUGUUGGCUUCUUUUUCCCACUCUGGUAGCCACAUGUUCAAGGUAGAAUACAUCAUGUGUAACUGAACACUAUUAUAAUAAAUAACAUUUCAAUAAA